AUGGUCAAUCGUAGUGUUGGAAGACCGCACAAAGAAGCUACCUCCAAUCAAGGAUCAUUCAAGGCAGUGAAUUUGAAAAAAAGAAGACUUCAGAAAUCUGAAUCGAAACAGGAAGUCCAGACGGUGAAACGAGGCCCUGGGAGACCACGUAAAGACUCUACCUCCACUCAAGGAACGUCCAAAACAGGCAAUUUGAAGAGAAGCAGACCGUUUAACUCUUCAGGUUCAGAAUCAGAAGAUGAUUCUCCACAGAUAGUCAAACGUCGACCAGGUAGACCGCGUAAAAACGCUACCUCCGCUCCAGAAAAACACAAAGGGGCCACUUUGAAGAGAAGACAGUCGGACUUUUCAGACUCUGAUUCGGAAAAGGAUGUUCAAGUUGCCAAACGUGGUCGUGGUAGACCACGCAAAAAUGCCAUUGCAACUCGAGAAACAUAUAAAGUUCAUUCAAAAAGGAGAAUGCGAUCCAACUUUUCAGAAUCGGAUAUGGAGGAACAGAGGACACCGAUGGUCAAUCAGAACCAGAAUGUAUUGGACGAUCCCAACAUCGAAACCAGAGAUGUCCCACUUAUUGCCCCAGUCCCAGGACAUGAAGAACAAGUCCGGGAGCCGAUUGAGCAUUCUGAAGAAAAUCAAGUGCGCCUGGUGGUGUUCGACGUCAUUCCUUGGAAUGCGCCUGAGGAGAUUCCAGCUCACGGACCUGUAUCGAUUCAAAGAGUUACAGCAUCGUGCAAUGAUUUACUGCCGUUUCUUGGAGAUCUUAUUGGCUUCGAAGAGAUUGGUUUCGCCAAAAACCACGAGAUCGAAAAUGCCAAGAGUAAUCUGAAUGCAGAAGGCCUGAUACUUCCGUUCAAUUGCUGCCAUGAUUAUAAAAAGUGGACAAGAAGUCAAUUGAUGGAAUUCUUCAGUCAGCUGUUUCAUCCAGCAACAAUCAGGAAACUGGUAAUGAAGAUCUCAGCUGGCUCCCAUCUCAGUAUGUUUCAAGAUGAAGGACAUUUGGAGAAAUUGAACGAAAGCGAACAGUUUAUUAAUGAGGAUCAAUUUUCGAUUAUUCAACAAGAAAUUGAGAAGCUAAGUAGAUUCCAAUAA